AUGUCUGUCGAAGAAGCGGUGACAGAUGCGCUGCAGACUCCGGUCGACCAAAAUGCACAGGCAGCGGAAGACGCCAAAGCCCUGUUAGCGGAGUUGCAAGGCGAGACCGAGAACGAGACCAAGACCCAGGAAGAGUCGACGGGAACAAAUGGCACCACCGAGUCCAAAGCGGCUGAAGGGGAAACGACUACAACAGAGUCCAAGAGCAAAACCGAGACAGAAAAUUCUGCCGCAAAGAGAGAUACCUCAGACAAGUUCCGGGACCGUCGAGAUCGGUCUGAGUUCAGUGGUCGGGGCCGCGGUCGCGGUGGCCAGAAUGGCCAUGGCUCUCGCAACUACCGGGAUAACAUCAAAUCGGACGUGACUCUGCAAGAAACAAGCAGCGACCCGGUUGCCAUCCGUAAACAGGUCGAGUUUUAUUUCUCCGACUCUAACCUUCCCCACGACAAGUUCCUCCUCUCGAAAGUUGGCGGAAGCCAGAACAAUCCUGUCGAGCUGACAGUCAUACAUUCAUUCAAACGCAUGCGACAUUUCCAGCCCUUCGAGGCGAUUGUCGAGGCCCUGCGAGAAUCGAAAAUUCUCGAACUCACCGACGAUGACACCUCUGUUCGACGCAGAGAGCCACUGCCGGAGAGUCUCAACAACGGGCCCGAUCCCAACGCAGUCCGAAUCUUUGAAGACCGUGCUAUGCCACGCACUGUCUACGCAAAAGGAUUCGGCGAGGAAGUCCCAAGCACUCAGUUUGACAUUGAAGCUUUCUUCGCUCCAUAUGGCCCCACCAAUGCCGUCCGUCUACGACGUACUGAAGACAAGAUAUUCAAGAGCAGUGUCUUUGUAGAGUUCGAGACGGAGGAAUUGGCUCAAGCGUUUCUCGACCUGGACCCCAAGCCCAAAUUCAAGGGCAAGGAUCUUCAGAUCAUGAGCAAGAAGGAGUAUUGCGACAAAAAGGUGGAAGACAUCAAAGCAGGGAAGAUCAGACCCAACAACAAGCAUGAGAGGAACCGCAGAAAUGAUCGCGGUGGCCGGGAUGGAAAGCGGAAGCGCGACGAGGAGGAUUCCAGAGAUUGGAGAACACGCAGAGAUGAAGACCGAAAGCAAGGCUUCCGGGAUGAUAAGAAACGUGGUAAUCGAGACCGUGAUUUCAAGGGAGGCCGGGGCGGCCGAAACAAUGGACCUGAGAAAAACGACAGAGGGAUUCCAACCGUCAAGUCAUCAGCACAGGAUACCCCGAAACCCAGCCGUGACAGCGGACGGGACGACGCACUCGCCAAAGCAAAAGCUGCCGUUGAGGCUGAGACCAAGAAAGACGUGGAGAAACAGCAGGCCGCGGUUAAUGUUGAGACGACGGAUGCAGAAGCCACCGCUGGAAAGAAGCGAGCGAGAGAAGACGAUGGGGGUGAGGCUGAGGCUGAGCGGGAAGUGAAGAAAGUGGAUUCCAAGACCGACUCAUAG